GGAUUGAAGAAUUGUAGACUAGCGGGAGCGAUUAAUAAUAACGAUACAGGGAAUAUGGCUGGCAGUAGGUGGCCGGCUGCAGUGGCUCCUACUAACAGAGUCGGCAAUGCUUCUCGAGCAAAACAAGUUAUUUUCGAACCUACAUUUGCCAAAAUGGAAAAAGAGAAUUACGCUUUAACUCAGCGACUAAAGGAAGCUUUCUAUAAGGUAGAGAAGCGGUAUCCUGGUUUCAGUAAAGAUUUCAUGAUUGGCUUGCUUCAGCGGAUGGGAGUCGAUAGUGAAAUCGACGUGACUGAAACGUGUUUACGGAUUGCUGCUCUUCAAGAAUGUGAUAAUCCAAGGACAUCAAGAAAUCCUAGGGUUUUGGAGUUGGAACUUACGGCUAAGACCCUGAAAACUAUUCUUAGUAGCAUACCUGAUGAAAUUAUCGACCGCAGAGCAUUUAUAGAAGUCAUCAAAGGAAUAGCAGAUGCGAUAAAGAUGUUGUUAGCUGCUGUGGGUGCGUUUUAUGAUACGUUACCACCAGGAACACAAAAGAAAUGUCUUGAAGAUCAAAAACGGAAAUUUAUCACCUACUGUCGUAAAUUUAGUGACACUUUGAAGCAGUACUUUAGGAACAACGAUCAAACUGUGGUUUUCAGCAGCGCAAACCUUCUGGUUAGCCAAACCAACCUAAUUUUGUUUGUGGUUCAUGAUGUAGAUUGAAGAAAAGGGAAAAAUGCCACCAUUGUUAAUAUUUUGUGCUUACUUCGGAUUAUAUUUCCUUAUGAAUGUGAUUUAUGAAUAGUUGAAGAAUUAGUUUUUACAUCUAUAGUAAACUGGUUACUUUUUUUAAACAUUAAAAUUGCGAUUUCGCGUUACUUUUUUCCAAAUAUUUGACUAAGUGACAAGUUAUUUUGCAUCAUUACUUAUACUUUCUUUAUUUCCAGCUCCUUGUAAAUUGAGAAUAAAAGCUUUUUACGAAAUAGGAUAUAAAAUUAUUUGUGUUUCAA